UGAUUGACACGGCACCAACCGCAAUCCGCUUGGAGGUGUCCCACGGGCCGCCACAAUCUUUACCUACCUCAGCUGUAGGCCACUUUCCAAGCGGCCUUGGGGUAACGCAAAGGUUCAUCCGCUUUGCUCAGCUGCUACUUACCACCUUCUAUCAGAGGAACUCGAACAGUCAGACAGCUGGUAGUGACCAGUGCGAAAUUACUCGAAAAAAUGUCGCAAGGCAAGGCGAGAGUGAUCUCUACCGAGCUUUUGCCUAACAGUGAGGCCGAGUGGAAGAGACUAGUCAAGACAACCUACAUCGGCCAGGACGGCGUCACCCGGACAUGGGAACACGCGGAGCGGACCACUCGUCCCGAGGGCAGUCCCUUUGACGGUGUAAGCGUUGUUGCCAUUUUGGAAAAGGACACUGGCCGCGAGAUUCUUCUCGAGAAGCAAUAUCGUCCACCUCUUGAUAAGAUCUGCAUAGAGCUUCCUGCUGGCUUGGUAGAUAAAGAGGAAACAGCCGAACAGGCUGCUGUCCGGGAGCUCAAGGAAGAGACAGGCUAUGUUGCGCAAGCUUUGACGACGUCGCCGAUCAUGUUUAACGACCCCGGGUUCUGUAACACCAACUUCAAACUAGUCGAGGUCAGCGUGGACAUGAGCCUGCCGGAGAACCAAAACUUGAAACCCGAGCUGGAGGAAAACGAGUUUAUCGAGGUCUUUCACGUUAAGCUCGACGGUUUGUGGGACGAAUGUGUCAGAUGGGAGGCUCAAGGAUAUGCGCUUGAUGCGCGCCUGGCCAGUUUCGCCAAGGGAAUUCAAAUUGCGCAGAAAUUCGGACUUGUGAGUAGGCCGUAGAAGGAAUGAUGGCGAGAGUCGCGAACAUCUCCAUCCAGCGUUAUUCUCAAGAAUACCCGGCACACGUAUGCCGCCUACUCGUGUUUGAAUUAGAGCUUUCCCUCUCUUCGCAAGCUUUCCCAUA